CAUACAGGAAGGAGCAGGGAAAGGCUACACCCUCCUACAUGCCUGUGUGAUGUAAUACUCCAUUCUUCAGGGAGUGUAAAAUAAACAGAGCCUACUGAAUGAGGACAAAGAUAAUCACUACAUUAUUACUGUGGUUUUAUUAUUUCGAGUUAUUUCUAUCCAAAGGUUAGGGCACAAAGGACAUGUGGAUAGCCAUGGAUCUGUGCAAUAAAUUGUUUUUGAUGUGUCCACUUUUGAUUGCCCUUUCCUUUACUCUGAACGUUUUUGCCAGUCCAACAACUACCCAUGCAAUGAAAACAACUGGGCAUGGAGCACAAAAUGAAAAAGCCAUAACACAUCAGGAAACAAUAUCUAAUUUUUAUAAUAAUUCAUAUAUUAAUGCCAAUGUAAAUACUUCAGAAAACAGCUCAACAUUUUUACACAGGGACAACAGUACAAACAGCACAGUUUCUGACAGCACACUGUACAACUCAACAAGGCCAAGCACAACAGCAGAUUACACAGAGAUUACAACACUUCAGACAAAUCAAAUUACAACACAUCAGACAAAUCUAUCUGCCACUAAAUCAAACUUUGGAACACAAUCUACGUCUGAUUCCACAAGAGCAUCAGUUUCGACAACGCUCAGACCUCCAGUAUCUACUGUGCAUAGCAGAAAUGAAAGCACAUCGUCCAUCCCCAUAUUCUUCACCACAGGAACAGAACUUGGCAACAAAACAAACAAUGAGACUGCCGCAGGUACUGGUCUGAGUCAUUCAGAAAUAUCUUUGACCAUUUUGUUCGGUGUUGUGCUCAGUGUGAUAGUUCUAAUAAUUCUGGGGCUGUCUCUUUACAAACUGACCAGGAAUAAAUGGGCCCAGUAUUCGCACCAUCCUCUUCAUAAUGAAGAUACAGGUGGGCAGUUGAUGGUAACAGAUGACACCCUAGGGAUUUCAGGGGGGCUCUAUGAUGGACCUCAGAUCUACAACUCUACAGUAACUGCACUGAAUGAAGACCAGGCAUUUACUUACACGCCUACUCAAUUCCGACUGGAGUUCUUGCAUGAGGACCCAACAACAGACCAUACACAUGUGGCUACCACCUUUAAAACUUUCAAUGACACUGACCAAUAGCCUUAGUAAAUCAGUCUUUUAUGUUAAAACUUAAAAUAAGCUCAACUGGAAGUUGAGUCAUGUCAACUGGACUUCUUUCUUGUUAGGUUAAAAAAUUUUAUUACUUAUUCAGGAAGUUUCUUCGGACUGAAAAAGCUACUUGUAAUAAUUAGUGAAAGGUUCCAAACCUAGGAGGAAAGAAGUCCAGUUGACAUAACUUAACUUCCAGGUAACCUCACCCGGAUGGCUUAAAAAAGCUUGAAUAUUUUAUUUUAUGGAAAUAAUUGUAAUUAAAACAACAGUAUAGAACAGUAACAAGGAAUGAUACUUUAAAAUUAAACACAACAUUUAAAUAUUUUACAAAUGUGUGAACAAACACAGGCUAAUUAAAGAUAUGUUGCCCAGAACAUAUAUUUCCUUACAUAUAUUAUACCUAUCCCUUUAUAAAUAUUAUCACAUAUGUUCUUAAAUUAAAAUCAACAGAAGAACUAACAAGUUUAGUGUCUAAAUGAUUAAGCCAGACAAUGAAAAAUUUAGGCAAAUAUUUUUUCGGUGACCUUUUUCUUUUUCUUGUCUGAACUGGUAAUUGUAGUCCAACCUGCAUCCCGCAUCCUCUUCAUAGCUGCCAGUUUUAAUGCUGCUCCUGGUGAUUUAUAAACAGCAGAAUUCUGUACCUGUAAAUGAAUAACACUGAAUUUAAUAUUUUUGGUUAAUCACUCUCAUUCUGAGAAAAGUUCACUUAUGUGGAGGUUGCAAUAUGCCAUAUUUCAAACCUUCUUGAAUAAUCCUGAGUACUCGGCUUCAUCGUAUUUUGCUUGCUUGUUAAUGGCAGUAGAGAAACUCUGAGAGCAAAAAAAACAACAACAACAAAUAAAUAAAUA